AUGGCUGUGCCGUGGGAAGACGUCCUGCGCGACAAGCCGGCCAUCCAGGAGGCAGCGUCGCUGGCCGUGGACGCGGCGCUCCUGGAAGGCGUGCUGAUGCGGACCGAGGGGGAGCCCAACGCGUCGGAUGUGGUGAACUAUGCUCCCUUCACGCUGCUCCCAUCUGCAGUACCAAGUGCCCUGUUUGAACAAGCGUAUGCUGUUCAGCAAGAUUUUAACCUGCUGGUGGAUGCUAUUAGUCAAAACAAAGAAUUCCUGGAGCAUGCUCUGGCCAGCACCAUCAAGGUAGAUGACUUCACAGCUCGACUCUUCAGAAUCCACAUGCAAGUUUUGGAGGAAGGCUUGGCUCAGUCUGUGUUUUUAGGCAUAAACCGCUCUGAUUACAUGUUUGACUGUGGGGUGGAUGGGACACCGGCUCUGAAGCAGAUAGAAAUAAACACCAUUGCUGCCAGCUUUGGAGGCCUCACCUCCCGCACUGGGGCGGUCCACGGGCGGGUGUUGAAAGUGCUGGGAAAGUCUAAGGAGGCAUCGCGCCUGUUGCCCAACAACCCAUCGAAAGGGCUUGCCUUGGGUAUUGCGAAAGCCUGGGAGCUCUACGGUUCUCAAAGUGCUGUGGUGUUGUUUCUGGUGGAGGAAGUCCAGAGGAACAUUUUUGAUCAGCGAUGUGUAGAAAAUGAGCUUUGGAACAGGGAUAUUCGGGUCAUCAGGAGGCGCUUCCGAGAUGUGUUUGAAAAGGGGUCUCUCGAUGAUGCCAAGAGGCUGUAUAUGGACGGCCAGGAGGUAGCAGUGGUGUACUACAGAGAGGGCUACGUGCCAAAGAACUACGACCAGCAGAACUGGGAGGCACGGUUAUUGCUGGAGAGAUCAAGGGCAGUGAAGUGCCCUGACAUUGCUACCCAACUCGCAGGCACCAAGAAGGUCCAGCAGGAGCUGAGCCGGCCAGGGACGCUGGAGAGAUUGCUGCCUGGCCGUGCCGAGGCUGUCGCUCGAAUAAGAGCAACGUUUGCUGGACUCUAUUCCCUGGACAUGGGUGAAGAGGGUGACAAGAUAGCUGCCACGGCUAUUGCUGACCCUGACCGGUUUGUGCUGAAGCCGCAGCGAGAAGGUGGAGGGAACAACCUCUAUGGUGAAGAGCUCAGGCAGGUUCUGGAGAAGAUUAGAGACAGCCCUGAGAGAACCUCCUACAUCUUGAUGGAUAAGAUCAAACCACAGCCAGCAAUGAAUUACUUGCUGAGGGCUCACAGUCCCCUACAAGUGUCCAAGUGCAUCUCAGAGCUUGGUAUUUUUGGUGUCUAUGUCAGACAGGGCAAGGAGAUGGUGAUGAACAAGGCUGUCGGCCACCUCCUGCGGACGAAGGCCAUCGAGCAUGCAGACGGCGGGGUAGCGGCUGGGGUGGCAGUGCUGGACACUCCUUACUUGGUGUGAGGAGGUGAUGCUCCAUCCCGCCCACCUCGCUCUGCUGCCCAAAGAGCUGAUGCGCCACAGGGCUGUUCUCCUUAGGGUGCGCUUACCAAGGUCUGACGUGCUGGGGACUGGGAGGAGGGACUGCGUGGACACAACUGCUCAAACGUCCUGCGUGCUGGCCCCAGCUUCUCUGCAAUUCCUCCUGCAGGAAGAAGGGACUCCCUUGCUCUGCCUGCUCUGCAUCCCAGCUGUGACCUCCCAGGACUGCACUGGUCUGGGUGUUCCCCUGCGGUCUAGCCUGCGGGCGGGGGUACGCACAGCAAAGCUGAAGGGUGAAUGUGCCACAACAGGCACUCACGCUAUUCCCAGUUUCGUGCUCCUUGAUGCUGCGUUAUUUCUGGAGACACACAAACCCAAAGCCUAGGGAAUGGCAGGAGAACGGUGGAUGUGCAAGUAACAGCCUUCAUCUGUGGGAUUUGUGGCCCAGUACCUUGGUGCUUUCCAGAUUAAAGAGGGGAGCCCAGCUCCACGUGCCCAUGGCCCCUCCAGCCCUCCUUCAGGUGCUGCUGCUGCCCUGAUUUCUACUUUUCCUUGUGCCUGAGGAUCCUCAGGAUUCCUGCACAAGGGCAGCUGCCCUGGUGUAAUUUGCCCAAGGGCCUCUUGUCUGCUUUUGCUUUGCCCAACUCCUGCUUUGUUGGACUGGGUACUCAUCCCAAAUAGUGCCUCUGUGCUACACAAGGCAGGCAGCAGUGCAGAAUGCAUCUGGGGUGGGUUGUAUCUGCUCCCAUUGCCUCCUGCAGCCUUGUCCAGCAGAUCCCCACAGGUUGGCACAAGAAUCCCUCAACGAUGGUGGCAGAUCCCAGCACGAUGCUGAAUUGGAGCCUUGUGUCACAGCCAGUGUGUCGAUAAACCCCGAAUCCCUGAGGGCUUGUGCCACAAGCACUACGGCCUGGUCUGCUGUGGCACAUGCAGCCCAAGAGCAGUGUUAGGGAGCCCUGACCUCGGUAAUGGUCCUGCUGGGACAUGGGGCAGGCUGAGACUGGGAGCUUUGCAGUGGGGAAGUGAUGGAAUUGCAGGAGAGGCUGAGUGAGUGCAGCCCCAGCUGCCAAGCGCUUCACUCUGGGACCAGCACCAGUGGGUGGUGAGACGUGUCUCCCUCCAGCUUUCAUGAAUCAGUGGGAACAGCGCAGCAGUGGAGGGACACAGCAGAGUGCCACCUCUCCAUCCCAUGGGCUUUUGCCUCUUCCUCCAGCCCCUCUUCCUCCUCAGCCGAGUAGUUCAAGAGGAAACAUAAAAGAUGCACCUUUCUGGCAGUGCCCUGGUAAAGCACCCAGGCAGCCUCAGCUCUACCCUUUUAGUGACACCAGAGAGAAGCAGCGUUUACGCUAGUAUUCCUGAGGAAUGAACGUGCUGAUGAACAGACCUGCACCCUGCUGGGCCCAUUGCUGCUGUGCGGCGGCGCUGUGUGCUUCAGUUGUCAAUCUUUCACCUUGGAAAGAGUUCAGUUCUGUAAGUGUGACUGAUUUUAUGAUUCCGGGGUGGUUGUUUUGUUGUGGGGUUGAUUACCCCCAGCCAGAGAUUAAAACAUACGUGCACUCUGAA